AUGCUAGAGUAUGAGUUGUAUGGGUGUGGGUUUGAGGUGAUAUUUUUGGCCAGGGAUAUUGCUGUUGAGAAUAAAGAUGAUACUCAAGAUGAGCUUUUCGAUAGGAUUUCACGCGAUGAAUAUAUGAUGUAUGCAGUUCAGGAGUGUUACUAUGCUAUUAAACUCAUUUUAACAGAAGUAUUAGAUGAUGCUGGAAGGAUGUGGGUUGAAAGGAUAUAUGAUGAUAUUGAUGCCAGUAUCACAAAAAGGAGUAUUCCUAGGGACUUUCGACUAAAUAAGUUGGCUGUUGUGAUAUCAAGAAUAACUGCACUGAUGGGAAUUCUGAAAGAGACUGAAACACCUGAUCUUGAAAGAGGUGCAGUUAGGGCUGUUCAGGAUCUCUAUGAUGUUGUACGACAUGAUGUCCUUUCUUUAAAUAUGAGGGAUAAUUAUGACACAUGGAGUAUACUGACCAAAGCUAGAGAAGAAGGGCAUUUGUUUCAAAAGUUAAAAUGGCCAAAUGCAGACUUAAGAAUGCAAGUCAAAAGAUUAUAUUCAUUGAUGACUAUCAAAGACUCUGCGUCAAGCGUUCCUAGAAAUCUUGAGGCUAGGCGAAGGUUGGAGUUUUUUGCAAAUUCACUUUUUAUGAAGAUGCCUCGUGCAAAGCCAGUUCAACAAAUGUUAUCUUUUAGUGUUUUCACCCCUUACUAUUCUGAGAUUGUGCUUUAUAGCAUGGCUGAACUUCAAAAGAAAAACGAGGAUGGCAUUUCAAUUUUGUUCUACCUUCAGAAGAUAUUUCCAGAUGAGUGGCAAAACUUUCUUGCUAGAAUCGGCCGUGAUGAAAAUUCAAGUGACACUGAUCUUUUUGAUAGUCCUAGUGAUAUUCUUGAACUGCGCUUUUGGGCUUCUUAUCGAGGGCAAACAUUGGCCAGAACUGUUCGAGGGAUGAUGUAUUACAGGAAGGCUCUUAUGCUUCAGACCUAUUUAGAGAGGACCACGGGUGGAGAUUUGGAGGCUGGAGAUGGUUUUGAUGAAGUAUCUGAUACACGUGGCUUUGAUUUAUCCCCUGAAGCACGUGCUCAGGCGGAUCUGAAGUUCACUUAUCUCGUGACAUGUCAAAUUUAUGGUAAGCAGAAAGAGGAGCAAAAGCCUGAAGCUGUUGAUAUUGCUUUACUUAUGCAAAGAAAUGAAGCUCUUCGUGUGGCUUUCAUUGAUGUUGUUGAAACUUUAAGAGAUGGACAAGUGAACACGGAAUACUACUCAAAGCUUGUCAAAGCUGAUAUUAAUGGAAAAGACAAGGAAAUAUACUCGGUGAAAUUACCUGGAAAUCCCAAACUUGGUGAAGGGAAGCCCGAGAAUCAAAAUCAUGCAAUUGUAUUUACCCGCGGGAAUGCUGUUCAAACAAUUGACAUGAAUCAGGAUAACUAUUUUGAGGAGGCUUUGAAGAUGAGAAAUCUUCUUGAGGAAUUUCAUUCUGACCAUGGUCUUCGUCCUCCCACCAUACUUGGUGUUAGAGAGCACGUCUUUACUGGAAGUGUGUCAUCUUUGGCUUCAUUCAUGUCCAAUCAAGAAACUAGUUUUGUAACUUUGGGACAGCGGGUUUUAGCAAAUCCUUUGAAGGUUCGGAUGCAUUAUGGUCAUCCUGAUGUUUUUGAUAGAGUAUUUCACAUAACUCGUGGUGGUAUCAGCAAGGCUUCUCGUGUUAUCAAUAUUAGCGAAGAUAUUUACUCAGGAUUCAAUUCAACCUUGCGACAAGGAAACGUUACUCAUCAUGAAUAUAUCCAGGUUGGUAAGGGAAGAGAUGUUGGCCUCAAUCAAAUUGCACUAUUUGAGGGGAAGGUUUCAAGUGGUAAUGGUGAACAAGUUCUUAGUCGGGAUAUAUACAGACUUGGGCAACUUUUUGAUUUCUUCCGGAUGAUGUCUUUUUACUUCACAACAGUUGGAUACUACUUUUGUACCAUGUUAACAGUGCUGACAGUUUAUGCCUUUCUAUAUGGAAAAACGUACUUGGCACUCUCUGGUGUUGGAGAAGAAAUUGAAGGAAGGGCCAAGAUAACCAAGAACACGGCUCUGAGUGCUGCUUUAAAUACGCAGUUUCUCUUACAAAUUGGUAUCUUCACUGCUGUGCCAAUGGUCUUGGGCUUUAUUCUUGAACAAGGCUUCUUGAGGGCUGUUGUCAAUUUUAUCACAAUGCAGUUUCAGCUCUGCACUGUUUUUUUCACUUUUUCUUUGGGUACAAGAACCCAUUAUUUUGGAAGAACAAUACUUCAUGGCGGUGCAAGGUAUCAAGCGACUGGCCGAGGGUUUGUCGUCCGCCAUAUCAAAUUUUCCGAAAACUACAGACUCUAUUCUCGUAGCCAUUUUGUUAAAGGGUUGGAAGUUGUGCUUCUGUUGAUAGUAUAUCUUGCUUAUGGCUACAGUGACGGUGCAGUAUCAUACAUUCUUUUGAGUAUAAGCAGUUGGUUUAUGGCUCUAUCCUGGUUGUUUGCUCCAUAUUUAUUCAACCCGUCUGGAUUUGAGUGGCAAAAGGUAGUCACAGACUUCCGAGACUGGACAAAUUGGCUACUCUACAGAGGUGGAAUUGGUGUUAAGGGAGAAGAAAGCUGGGAAGCUUGGUGGGAAGAAGAACUGGCUCAUAUCAGGAGCUUCGGUUCUAGGAUAGCAGAGACCAUCCUGAGUCUGAGAUUUUUCAUUUUUCAAUAUGGAAUUGUCUACAAGCUUGAUGUGAAAGGAAUGGAUACUUCAUUGACGGUUUAUGCUUUCUCAUGGGUGGUGCUGGCAGUGUUAAUAGUUCUUUUUAAGGUAUUCACCUUUAGCCAGAAGGUAUCAGUCAACUUCCAGCUUGUGCUGCGAUUUGUACAAGGUCUAUCUCUCUUGUUAGCACUGGCCGGUUUGAUUGUAGCAGUUGUAUUGACGGACCUAUCGGUAACAGACAUAUUUGCUUCUAUUUUAGCAUUUGUUCCUACUGGAUGGGGAAUUUUAUCGAUUGCUGCUGCUUGGAAGCCUGUCAUGAAGAAGCUAGGGCUAUGGAAGUUUGUUCGAUCGAUUGCUCGACUAUAUGACGCUGCCAUGGGCAUGCUCAUCUUUGUGCCCAUCGCAUUCUUUUCAUGGUUUCCAUUUGUAUCAACAUUUCAAACUCGCCUCAUGUUUAACCAGGCUUUUAGCAGAGGGUUAGAAAUUUCUUUAAUCCUUGCAGGGAACAAUCCCAAUACUGGGAUAUAG